AUGUUUGACUUGGUAUUUUUUGUUUUGUUCUCAGAGUAUGGUCCCACUGGAUUUCCAAUAAAUAUAAACAAUUUCCAUGUUUAAAAAUGCCGAAGAAAACGCAGGAGAAACGAAAGCCGUGGGUGAAGAACCUCUAUUCGAACCGCGAAUACCCAGACAACUAUACCGAUGCCAGCUUCCUCAAGGAUCUGCGUACCAAUCUCCACGUGCGAAUCUACACCUACAGUGAGGCCACAGCCGGCAUCACGGUGCUCAACAAUCAGAUCUCCUGCAUAGCCGGCUUCCUGAUACUCUACCAGAUGAUGCUCAGCGACAGCGUCUCGCCCACCACCAUACUCCUGCCCAGCUGUGGAAUCACCGGAUUGGGUUAUCUGUGCUAUCGCGGCAGAAAGCUUAGCAUGCCGCUGUUGGGAGAGGAUUCAAAGACCCUGGUGACGGUUGUCCUCUUUGGCUACCUGUUCUCGCCGAUGCUACACACUCUGACGCAGGCCAUCAGCACGGACACCAUAUAUACCACGACCUUCUUCGUCCUGUUGGCUAACCUGAUGUUCACCAACUACGGACUGGACGUGGCCGUAGUCUCCAAAGCCAUAUCGCUGAACGCCGCCAUAUUCGGGGCCAUCUGCCUGGCCUCGCGACUCUCGACGUCGUACCACGCAUUUGUGCUUCUCGUCGAGGCUGCCAUCUUCUUUGUCCUGUAUCCAAUCAUCACGGAGUCCAACUGGCAUGCCCUCUUCAUGAUCCCCAUCUUUGCCGUCUGCUGUGCGGCUCUCUACUGGAUAUCGCGGCCCGUGCUCUGCCUCUACGCCUGCACCACGCUGUUCAUCAACUUUGUCUGUCCGUUCAUAUUCGUGAGGCAGCAGAAAUACAAGUUCAACAUCCACGGACCCUGGGAUGAGGCCAUUGUGGAGGAGAACACCGACGAGAAUCUCGAUGAGAACUUAUAGCGCCAGCUUCGCUUCUCACAGCAGCUACAACCAGAAGAUCGUGGUGGCGGCGAUGUCGGGGAGCACUAGUCAUUGGCAUUCUCUUAUUUAAUUGUACAUACUUUUUUUUUGCUUUUUUUAAUCAGUUUCAUUCUAAUCUUAAUCAUUAUCUAAUCCUAUCCUUGUUAUUUUGUUGUAAAUUGUUCAUUUGUAAAUACUCGCAUGCCUUUUAAAGAAAUAUAUCAUUAUGUUGAAGUGCUUGCCGCAGGGUGGCCACGAUUGUUUCCAAUGUAACAAAGGUUCUAUUUGUAUUGCUGGGAUAUGGAUUAGUGGAUUACGAUCAGGCCCAGAAAUGACGAACUCCAGUUACUAUUUUUGGGCUCCUUCGUACUGUCAUCGAAAUGAUGUCUGCCUUCGAAUAAAAAUGGUAGUGGUGUUUUUCCGUAGAUCGUUUAUGUUUGACGUUUAUUUACAAACAUAUACACACUUGCGAGUGAAUGCAGAUCAUUAAAUAAUACAUGAUGUAUAUUCAUUAUAAAGUUUCGAUACGAUUAAAAUUAAAUAGAAACUAGUUUCUCUUGGGUUGCGGUAAAAACUCUUUUUACAAAUAGCAUUACUAUACAACUACUAAGAAUAAGAGACACUAUCCCUAACUAACGAAUCCCUAACCGUAUGCCAACGAAUGCAUACGAUGUGCGCGUACAUACAGUAUGUAUUUCGUACAACUGUCUUUUAGUCAUUCACUAAGCCGUAGAUAGGUAUAUUUACUAUAUAUAACUAUAUUGAAUACAAUAAUUCACUUUUUGCGACGGUAUAAACUUUUCAAAAUGUAAAAAACGUAUCUGUAGUACAUAUGUGUAUUUCUCUGUUUGGUUGGGCUCACGUUUACUUUCAACUUAAAUAACUAUUUUUGAAUUAAAUACACUCUUCGAUUAGGUAUUAACAUACGCUAUAACAUAUGCUCUAAAUAUAGUCAAAAAAAAAAA